AUCAACAGUUUUGCGCGCGCCACGGUCCAUCUCACCCCUCAGUCAUUCCCAGUCCAACGUACUGAACGUACGUCACUUGCCCACCUCACCCGAUGUAUAUAGCACCGAUAUCCUAUACGAAAUUCAAAUUUUAGAACGCGGAAAAAUAUUUGAAUUUGGAACGCGAUACUACUCGUAAACGAACUCGUUCCAAUUAGGAAUAAAAACUUGACGCUAUAAUAAUUUUAAGUAUUUUUUUUUAAUUUUAGUACAUAGUUUUUUUUAUCUGUGAUAAAAGUGUUGUGUUUUUUUUAAAGCGUGGACUUAUGAUGUGGUACUCUAAUGAUGCGGGGUAGAUAUGGGCAUGACAGUACGGGUGUAUGAGGUAAUGAUGAUGGUGAAAUGAUUACCAAGGACUCGAGACGCCACUGAUCGCGUAGCGGCCAGGAGGACGAGCGACAGGGUGCUACGAUGAACGCGUCGCGAACACUCGGGUUCAAUGACUCCAGCAAUGAAGUCACAUACCCGCCCAGCGAGUGGUUCGGCGACAACUGCUCGUGGGUGGACGCGGUGUCGUGGGGCUGCAACGGCUCGCUCAACGCCACGCAGCCGCUCAACGCGACCGCCACCGACGUCACGUCGCUCGUCCUCAUGGCGGUCACGUCCGUUGUCCUCGCGCUCAUCAUCUUGGCUACUAUUGUCGGCAAUGUGUUCGUGAUAGCAGCGAUCAUAAUCGAGAGGAACCUGCAGAACGUCGCCAACUACCUGGUCGCGUCGCUGGCGGUCGCCGACCUCAUGGUCGCCUGUCUCGUGAUGCCUCUCGGAGCUGUCUAUGAGGUCAGUCAAGGAUGGAUUCUGGGCCCCGAGCUUUGUGAUAUGUGGACUUCCAGUGACGUACUCUGCAGUUCCGCUUCUAUUCUUCAUCUUGUUGCUAUUGCUACUGAUAGGUAUUGGGCUGUGACAAACGUCGACUACAUUCACAUAAGAAACGAGAAGAGAAUUUUCACAAUGAUCGUCCUCGUAUGGACGGCUGCGCUCGUGGUCUCGCUAGCCCCGCAGUUGGGCUGGAAGGACCCCGACUACCUGGCGAGGAUAACCCAGCAACAGAAGUGCCUCGUUAGUCAAGACCUAGCGUACCAGAUCUUCGCCACAUGCUCCACCUUCUACGUUCCCCUAGCUGUCAUACUUAUCCUGUAUUGGAAGAUAUUCCAAACGGCACGGAGACGUAUAAGGAGAAGAAGAGAUCCGCCUCCUCCAAGACCGACGUCAGCUGACGGCGCUCCACCUUCAGGACGACCGGUACAAUCGGCAAGGGAUAGACGAUUCGUAAAGAAACGAUUCCUGAAUUUGAAGAAAUGCAAUCAACGAACUCGGGCUGAAAAGCUAGCAGCAGCGCUUUUGCUUACCGAGGGUCAGAGUACAUCGACAGUAGACACCCUUGAUGAAGAACCUCGCACAACAGCAUUCACUAUCAACGAAAAGGUGGUUCCAUCAGUGUCCCCGGAGAAGUCUUCCUCGACUGUCACUAAUGGAUCGAAACAGGAGCGAGCUAUCGCACCAGGUCCCUCUCAGAGGGAGAAGAAAGAGACCCUCGAAGCGAAGAGGGAGAGGAAAGCGGCGAAAACACUCGCCAUAAUCACUGGAGCAUUCGUGUUUUGUUGGCUGCCAUUUUUCAUAAUGGCUUUAGUGAUGCCGAUCUGUCAGACUUGUGUGAUCAGCGACUACCUCGCAAGCUUCUUCCUCUGGCUCGGCUAUUUCAACUCGACCCUCAACCCUGUUAUCUACACGAUAUUUAGUCCCGAUUUUCGCCAAGCAUUCGCUCGGAUCCUCUUCGGCACGCACCGGCGUGGCCGUAACAAAAAGUUCUAACGAAAAUGUCACUACUUUAUAAUAUAUUUACAUAUUUAAUUGUGCUGCAACAGUAUGGACUAGAGUGAGGAAACUUCUCGGUUUUGAUCCUGAAUUGACAUCUAUUCUAUCAAAUAUUAGGCUAGGGGUGACGUGAAAUCAAAGAUACCUUGUCUUUUCAUAGCCUAUAAAUCAUCAUGCAGGUAACAUUUGACAGCUGCCAGAGUAACUGUCAUGAACUGUGGCAUCGAGCUCUUCGAAAUGGACUUUAAAUAUUUUAUCCUCUACUUGUAUCAUAUUUCGGCUUUAUGUAUGUUAUACAUACUUCGACAUCUGUAGUUAGUGUAAAUAUAAGUUAGUCAAAGUUGUAAAUAAUAUAAAGAUAUAUGAUAAUAUAUGCGAUAGCAAUGUUGGGAAUUGUUUUUUAUAGUUUAUGUAGCCGCGGCGACGUCGUUCGCGAGUCCCAGGCGACGCCGCCGCCGCUUGCGUUGUUUCCAGUGACAUUACGAAAUAAAUAUUCAAAUUAUAUCACA